UUUUUUUAUAUUUUGUAUUCGACUCCAGGAAAGGAAAGCUUUUUCCAAUACAUGUACAAUGUCUACAGUGCAUUCGUGUGAAUUUGAAGUUUUUGGCAAGGUGCAAGGCGUUUACUUUCGCCGUCAUGCUGAGAUGAAGGCCAAGACUCUGGGGCUACGUGGCUGGUGCAUGAACACGGCGGAUGGUACGGUCAAGGGCUAUAUCGAGGGUCCACGGACCGAGGUGAACCUGAUGAAGGAGUGGCUCCGCAACACGGGCAGUCCCACGAGUAACAUUGUCAGGGCCGAGUUUACCAGGGACGAGGAGAAGCGAGACUACGGAUUCAAGAACUUUCAAAUAAGACCCGACGCGCCCAAAGAAAAUAACCGCAAAAUGACAAACAGAGAAAACAAUAUGACGAAAUGGGAGCAUGAUUCAUAGACCCAAGCCCCGAAAAGAUUGCGUUUGUAUGACCAAAUUGUACAAGGACAUUAUAUAUAAAUGGAGUCAGAAAAAAAAGCCUUUGACUAAUAUAA